AGAAUCCUUCGAGACACACACACACACACACACACACACACACACACUAAGAACACAAAUAAGAUGUUCCUGGCGGUUAGUUGGCAGCAGUGCUACCUAACUGGGGAGCCACACACAGUGAGUCAUAUGACAGCCAGCUUCUUGCACCCUCUUGUCCUCCUCCGUAUGGAUCACAAUGGGCGUGUUGAGCAGGCAAGAUCAGGCAUGAUCGCCACCCAGACACAGCCCUCCUGUGAUGGCGUCAAGCGACACGUCUUUGCCAACUUAUUUCCAUGGUUUUGUGGGGGUGGGUGCAGAGUGCAGGGCCGGUGACGUCUUCUGGAACCAACACCGGCCUUGUGGUAGCGAUCACGUGCUGCUGGCUACUUCUUCACAUCAGCUGUAACACCAGGCCACCAAAAUCUGUGCUGUAAUCUACUCACAUAACUAAAAUGCACUCAGUUUUACUGACUAAAAAUGCUGUGAAUGAUUGAAUCACUGAAUGUGCAGUGCCCGCGCGCACGCGCAGUGCUCGUGAGCCUCCGCCACGGGUGUGGAGAGGCGACUGUGACCGCGGUGGGCCGGUGGAUGCCCCUGUGAUCAAAGGGUGCUUGACGGGCCGUCAUUCUGUUCCCGCUACCCCUCAUUACCUCACAAAUACUCAGUCGACCUCACCGCAAUAGAAAGUGAGGCUUCAGUUCAUUAGGUAAUCGUGCAGGAGGAGAAGGUUUUGAAGGCCCGCCGCACCGUCACGGCGCAGUCAGUUCGCACACGCCAGGCUCAGUGUGCCGCGGCAAGCAGCGCCCGCCUGUUGGUGUGGACGGUGCGGCGGUGUGUGAACCUCUGGUGUUGUGUUACACGUGUCCCCUCGUGUAACACAACACGGUGCGUGACACGGGAGUGGCGCGUGGUGGUGACCGGCGCGGCGGUGAGGGAUGGACGUGGUGGUGCAGGGCGGUGAAGUGUAGCAGUUCUGUGGCGGCGGUGAGGCAGCGGGCAGGGCGGCGUGGGGACGUGACGUGACGCAGGCGGCACGUGAAGGUGCUGAGGAGUGUAUGGUGGUGGUGGUGGAGGUGCUGGUGAUGGGUGUGUCGCCUGUGGUGGUGGCGGUGGUGAUGGUGGGUGUGUUGGGUGUGAUGGUGGUGGUGGUGGUCGUGGCCGCGGCUCGUGCGUCACGCCAGGCAAGCCGUGAGCCCUGCCCGCCAUCUUGCAGCUGGGCCUUGGCCUGGCCCGCGGCGGCGCUCGCUCUCCAAGACGAGGCAAACACAGGACCACUCCUGCCCGGCAACCUGCCACGCCUUCUGCAGGGGCAAGGCAGCGGGUGCUCUCCCGCAGGGCAGUGUUUGAUGGCGCCCCUGGGAUUAUGAGUGAGGCAGUGACAUCCCCCCUGCCCCCCGCCCGCUCCCUCUCCCCCAAGACCCUUGAGGCCAGGUCGUUCGAAGCAGUUGACCAAAAUAAUAACGUCAGAAGUAAGAGUAAGCUGUGAAGGAAGAACAUCUGUCAUAAAGUGUUACUGGAGGCACGAAAAUGUCAAAGAAGUGCAAAGACAAUUCAGAAGACACUUUGGCAGGGAUCCACCAAGAAACAGUUGGGCAAAAUAAUAAUGUCAGAAGUAAGAGUAAGCUGUGAAGGAAGAACAUCUGUCAUAAAGUGUUACUGGAGGCACGAAAAUGUCAAAGAAGUGCAAAGACAAUUCAGAAGACACUUUGACAGGGAUCCACCAAGUACCGAACGGCCUGGAAACACUGAGCCAAAGGGACGCCGCUCAGUCUGCAGCCAGUGUGGGGGCGUAUCUUGUGUGGUGCGCGUGUGUAUCGCAUUGUGUUCAUCCUUAAAGACUUAGUGGUGGUCAAGAUAACCAGGAUUGGCCAAGCCCUCCCUGAAGUGUGCUACCAGUAGUGUACCAGAUUUGCAUCAAUAACGACCACCACCACCACCACCACCACCACCACCACCACCACCAGCAUGUCAGUAGUAGCAGGAGUAGUGAAUGGUCACUCGUAUGUGGUGACUACUUGGACUAUCAGGCCGCCCUUGUAGUGUGCUGGACUAUCGGUCAACAAUGAGCCGAGAAAGUUACGUGGUACAACUAUUUCGGCGAUAGUAGUGGCUGUAAGUAGUAGUAGUAGUUGUAGUAAUAGUAGUUGUAAUAGUAGUUAUGCGUGUAAUGUCAAUAUGGUUCAUUUUGUAACUGUAAUUGGAAAGAUUCUCGACUUUAUGUUUCUUAAAGGCGUGACGUAAUUACAGAAAACGUAUGUAUUUUAAGGCACACUAGCCUGUACUUCAUUAUUCCUGUUUAUUGCUAUUAUAUUAUAUUUUUGAUAGUUUUUCUUGUAUAUACUAUUUAAAUCUACUAUUCUGUGAUGUUUAAUACUACUACUUAUUAUGUUUAAGUGGGAGAAGUCAGAGAAAGAGCUAUAUUUAUAAUUUUUUUACUUUUAAGGUCAAUAUGGUCCAUUUUAUUAAGUAAAUUUGUAGGAUGCUUGACCUUGUUUCUUAGAUAAGUGACGUAAUUAGAGAAAACGUAUGUUUUUUAAGGGACACUAACCUAUAACCUAUACUUCAUUAUUCCUGGUUAUUAUUAUAUUAGAGAGAGAGAGAGAGAGAGAGAGAGAGAGAGAGAGAGAGAGAGAGAGAGAGAGAGAGAGAGAGAGAGAGAGAGAGAGAGAGAGAGGAGGAUUUAGUAUGUCUUCUAUAUAUGUGUGUUUUCAUUAUCAUCAUCAUCUUAUUCUUUUCUUCUUCUUCUUCUUGUUAUUAUUAUUGUUAUUAUUAUCAUUAUUGUUAUUAUUAUUACUAUACACACACACUCAAACACACACAGUAGUAGUAGUAAUUAUAAUAGGAAGAAGAGAAACAUGAUGAUGAUGAUGAUAAGGAGGAGGAGGAGCAGGAGGAGGAGAAGGAAGAAGAAAAAUUGUUCUACUUUUCUGUAAUAUAUUUCUAAAUAACUAUAAGUGGAAAAGCAGAACUAAUAGUGCACCAUGAUAGUCCAUUAAAUUGUUCACAUCUGACUAUCGCCAUCAUCAAUUAUAAAUUAGUUAAAAAAAAUGAAAAAUAUACAGCAAUUCUAAUUUUGAGGCACCUAAAUAGUUUCAACAUUUUUCACAAUAUCUAAAUAACUAACAGACGAAAACAAAAUGUAGUAGUACACCAUGAUAGUCCAUUAAAUUCCUCAUCUCUGACUAUCACCAUCACCAAUUACAAGUUAGUUAAUAAAGAGAAAAAUUGAAAAAAAAAAUAUAUAUAGCAUAUCAAAUUCUAAGACACGCAGAUACUUUCAACAUUUUUCUGAAUAUCUAAAUAACUACCGCCAAAGAAACAAAACCAAUAGUACACCAUGAUAGCCCAUUAAAUUCCCCACAAUUUCCUAUCAACACUAUUCAAAAAGUAUAUUAAAAAAAAAAACAUGAAAACAAAAAAAAACUUCAAAAACUCCCAAAAGACACUGAACAAAGAUCAAGAUUCAAGAUUGUAAACAUAGGACGGAGCUAGAUACAGGCUAGGAGACAUAGAAACAGACUGGGUGAAGAGUGAGAGAGGAGUUAGGCAGGGCUGUAUAUUGUCACCAACCCUUUUUAGCCUGUAUACAGAGGAGCUAGCAGCCAGGAUGAGAAGAAUGAAUGUAGGGGUAAGUGUGGGGAAUGAUAAAGUAUGUGUGCUCCUUUAUGCAGAUGAUGUAGUUGUUAUGAGUGAAUCGGCAGAUGAGCUUCAAAGUUUGUUGGAUGUAGUGGAUGGCUAUGGUAAAGACUUUGGAGUAAGGUUUAGCAGUGAGAAAAGCAAAGUAAUGAUUGUGAAUAGAUCAGAGGAUGAAAGUAAUGUGGUAUGGAGACUUGGAGAGAAUGAGUUGAGACAGGUGCAAGAAUACAAGUACUUAGGGAUGUGGAUGAGUCCUAGUGGGUGUGCAAAGGCAAAGAAUGAAAAGAUAAGUAUGGUAAACCAGUGGGUAGGUCGAUUGGGAAGCGCGGCAAGGAUGAGAGCAAGUAAGUAUGAUGUGUUGAGAGAAGUGUGGAAGAGUGUGGCUGUGCCAUGUAUAAUGUAUGGUAUGGAUGUGAUUGCAUGGAAUGAAAGUGAAAUUGAUAAGUUAGAAGUGGGCCAGAACAAAGUAGCAAGGAUGGCACUGAGUGCACCGAGGUGCACAGCAGUUGAAGCCUUGAGAGGUGACAUGGGAUGGAGCACCUUCAGAGAAAGACUGACAAAAGCCACACUUAGGUACAAGAUUAGGCUUGAGAGAAUGGAUGAUGCAAGAAUAGCAAGGAAGGUGUACCUGUGGAAUGAAAGUGGAAGCAAAUGGAGGAAGAGAUGCAUGAGAAUGACAGACAGGAAUGGAUUGCAAGUUGUGUGGGCGAUAAGAAUGGCUGGGAGGAAUCAAAAUGAGCGUGAAUGGGUGGUAACAAGAGGAGGAAGAGUGGGAGCCGAAUGGGAUGUGAGAAAAUGGAAGAAUGAGAUAGACAAAGAAGUGAAAUGUGUGGGACUGAAUGAAUGGAAGAAUGAGAUGGAAAGAAAGAAGACCCUGGAAUGGUACAAGGAGAAAGAGGCCCCGAGGUAUGAAAGGUGGUAUGAUGGAAGCCUGGGCGGUGAUCUUCUCUUCCGAGCGAGGGCACAGUGUAUGGAUGUGAAUGCAAGGAGUUACAGGUGGUCUGAGUCCCGCAGCAAAGUGUGCCAGAUGUGUGACAUGGGAGAGGAUGAGACGGUGGAACAUGUGGUGCUGGAGUGUGUGCAGUAUGCCAGAGACAGGAAUGAGAUGAUGCAAGUGAUACUGACUGAGUUAGGGCAUGAUAGGAAUGAAAGAGUGGAGAAGACAGGAAAGGAAUGGAUGGUGUUGUUGCUGGGACUGUGUAGAGAGGCGAAUGAAAGGAUGAUUGAGGCGGUGAAAGAGUUUCUGGAGAGAAUGUGGCGUGCCAGGUGUAUGAACAAUUAGGAUAGAGGAUGCUGUUCGUUUCUCUUUUUUCCCCUUU